GACCCUGUGAGCUUCCAAAAUGAAUUCCACUCUAACAGGCAGACAGAUCCGGCAGCAGUUCAUUGAUUUCUUCAAAAGACACAAUCAUGAGUAUGUGCAUUCCUCAGCUACCAUUCCCCUCGAUGACCCCACGCUUCUCUUUGCCAAUGCUGGCAUGAAUCAGUUCAAACCCAUUUUUCUGAACACAAUUGACCCAUCCCAUCCCAUGGCAAAGUUAACAAGAGCAGCAAAUACCCAGAAAUGUAUCCGCGCUGGAGGUAAACACAAUGACCUGGAUGACGUGGGGAAGGAUGUUUACCACCACACCUUCUUCGAGAUGUUGGGUUCUUGGUCCUUUGGCGAUUACUUCAAGCAUCUGGCUUGUGAGAUGGCCUUCGAGCUGCUAACGAAGGAGUUCGGGAUUCCUAUCGAGAGGCUAUAUGUGACCUAUUUUGGAGGAGAUGAAAAGGCAGAACUGGAGCCAGAUCUUGAAUGCAAGCAGAUCUGGGUAAAUCUUGGAAUGGCAGAGGAGCGCGUUCUUCCAGGAAGCAUGAAGGAUAAUUUCUGGGAAAUGGGAGACACUGGACCUUGUGGGCCCUGCAGUGAAAUGCAUUUUGAUCGCAUUGGAGGACGUGAUGCUGCACAUCUGGUCAAUAUGGAUGAUCCAAAUGUUUUAGAGAUCUGGAACCUUGUGUUCAUCCAGUUUAACAGAGAAACUGACGGUAGCCUGAAACCUCUGGCUAAGAAGAGCAUUGAUACUGGAUUGGGUCUGGAGCGACUGGUUUCAGUCCUACAGGGAAAGAUGUCCAACUAUGACACUGACCUCUUUGUUCCUUACUUUGAAGCCAUUCAGAAACGAACUGGGUCUAGACCAUACACUGGAAAGGUGGGAGCUGAGGAUGUGGAUGGGAUAGACAUGGCGUAUCGAGUGCUGGCAGAUCAUGCCAGAACAAUAACGAUUGCCUUGGCUGAUGGAGGGCGGCCUGACAACACCGGUCGAGGCUAUGUGUUGAGAAGAAUUUUGCGACGAGCAGUGCGAUAUUCCCACGAGAAGCUGAAUGCACAGAAAGGAUUCUUCGCUUCCCUUGUUGAUGUGGUGGUGGACUCACUGGGAGAUGCAUUCCCAGAGCUGAAGAAAGAUCCUGAUAUGGUGAAGGACAUUGUCAAUGAAGAGGAAGAACAGUUCUUGAAAACACUGAGCAGAGGACGGCGUAUUCUGGAAAGAAAGAUUCAUAGUCUGACAGACGGGCAAACCAUUCCAGGUGACACUGCAUGGCUCCUUUAUGACACCUAUGGUUUCCCUGUGGAUUUGACUGCGCUGAUCGCAGAGGAGAAAGGACUCCGUGUGGACCUGGAGAGCUUUGAGGAGGAGAAAAAGGCUGCCCAAUUGAAAUCUCAUGGAAAAGGUACAGGGUAUGAAGACCACAUCAUGUUAGAUGUCAAUGCGAUUGAUGAGCUGCGUGCCAAGGGGUUUGAAGUCACUGAUGAUUCACCCAAAUACAGCUACAGGGCAGAAAACAAUGGCAACUAUGUCUUCACAUCUGUAGAGGCCACGGUAAAGGCAAUACGUAGGGAGAAAACCUUUGUUGACGAAGUGACGACGGGCCAGGACUGCGGAGUGCUGCUGGAUGGCACAUGCUUCUAUGCUGAGCAGGGUGGUCAGAUAUAUGAUGAGGGAUAUUUGGUGAAAGAGGAUGACAGCAGUGACGAUAAAACUGAAUUCUCAGUGAAAAACGUACAGGUUCGAGGGGGUUACAUCCUCCACAUCGGGACAGUUUACGGGCACCUGAAAGUAGGGGAUCAAGUUCAUCUCUUCAUCGAUGAGGCCAGAAGACGACCAAUCAUGAGUAACCACACCAGCACCCACAUCCUGAACUUCAGCCUGCGCUCCGUGCUGGGGGAGGCUGACCAGCGAGGGUCUCUCGUCGCACCAGACAGGCUCCGCUUCGACUUCACAGCCAAAGGAGCAAUGAGCACUCAGGAGAUCAGACAAACAGAGGAGAUUACAAACAGAAUCAUCCAGGAGGGCAAGCCUAUUUAUUCCAAAGACACUCCACUGGCUGUUGCCAAAGCAAUACAAGGUCUGCGUGCUGUAUUUGAUGAGACAUACCCUGAUCCGGUGAGAGUGGUAUCUGUUGGGAUCCCAGUGGAAGACAUGUUGGCUGACCCAUCUGGCCCAGCGGGCUCCGUCACGUCAGUGGAAUUCUGUGGCGGAACUCACCUGCAGAACGCUGGCCACGUUGGCUCGUUUGUGAUUGUGUCGGAGGAAGCUAUUGCCAAAGGCAUCCGGAGGAUAGUCGCUGUCACAGGGCCCGAGGCUCAGAAGGCUCUGAGAAAGGCGGAGGCUCUAGAAAAGGCUCUGGUUGCCCUGGGCUCAAAGGUCCACGGCCAGACCGCUCCCAACAAGGAAAUACAGAAAGAGAUUGCGGACCUCACAGAGAUGAUUGGCACAGCUGUCAUUCCUCAGUGGCAGAAGGAUGAAAUGAGGGAGAAACAGAAAUCACUAAAGAAGGUGAUGGAUGAUCUGGACAGAGCCAGUAAAGCUAACACACAGAAGAAGGUGCUGGACAAGACCAAGCAGUUGAUAGAGAGCAAUCCCAACCAGCCUCUAGUUGUCAUGGAACUGGAAGCGGGAGCUUCGGCUAAGGUCCUGAAUGAAGCUCUGAAGCUGUUUAAGACGACUUCCCCACAAACGGCAGCAAUGCUGUUUGCUGUGGACAGCGAGGCAGGAAGGAUCACAUGUUUGUGUCAAGUCCCCCAGGAAGUUGCCAGCAGAGGGUUGAAAGCCAACGAGUGGAUUGGCCACAUCUCAGGACUUCUGGACGGCAAAGGAGGAGGAAAGGACUUAUCUGCACAAGCCACAGGGAAAAACAUCAACUGCCUGGAUAAAGCACUAAACCUGGCCACUGAGUUUGCUAAACUUAAAUUAGGAGGCAUCAAAAACUAACCAUUUACAAAGUUGACUUUAGCAGCCAAUUAAUAUUGCUUAAUAACCCUGUGGGAAUGCUGGGAAUACUGUCCUGUACCUGGGGUGGGUGUAACACUGUCCACGUACCUCUCUCUCCCUGCAGAAGUCAUGAUCACGUUAAACUUAACUGUUCUGUUUCCUGUGAUAGUUAUUAAUAAAAUAGAAGCAAAGGAACCAA